AGCCGCGCCCCGUCACGUUCUAUGAUUGGCUGAUAACAAGUGACAUAUGAUAACCAAUGAGAGAAGUCAUAGAGUCGUCGAGUUUCGAUCACGACAACGAACCAGUGUGGUCACGUAGGCCGACAAUAUCGCAUGUGGUCGAUUAAUGUUUCUCUCGUUUCGAAUCAACGCCGAGUAGUUGAUAGAACGACGAAAAAAAAGAAGAAGAAGAAGGGAAGAAGAAAAACAAACAAAUAAGAAGAAACAUGUUAUAAAAUCCGCGUUGUUUAGUUCAAUUUCUUCGUUCGUUGUGUUGUAUCGUGCAAAACGAGUUAAUGCUGAUACAUAAUAAACGCGUGUAAAAGGAACGACCGAUCAUCGAGCUGCUUGAACUAGGCAGAAAGAGUAACACGAGUAACUUUUGGAAGAGGAAAGAUUUUAAUCAAAGUUCAUAUAACCUCUUCUCGGAAAGCCUUAAACAGCGACUUCUUGGAUGUGAUCAUAGACAUUCUAUCAGUUAUAUCGAUAAGUGUAAUAUAAAAUGAAGUGGUCACCGGGUGCUCUGUUUUGUGAACAAGUUGGUGAACUUACUCGGGUAUUCUCUCAGUGGAACGAGUGCGAACAAACUGUGGUUCUUUAUGCUUUACUACGUCGUGUACCAGCUGUUCAAGCUAGAUUUCUAGCACACGCCAUACAACAUUCUCUUCAUGCUGUUUCUGAUUUGGAUACUCAAGAAUUGAAUGCUAAUAAUCCAGCUUUCAUUGGUUCGUUACUCUCUGAAUCUACUGAUGUUGCCAUCAAUCAACUAUUAACACAUCUCCCACUUUUAAGGCCUGGGAAUAUAGAGUGCAAACAAUGUUAUCUUGUUGCAAUACCUGAGUUAGUUAGUCAUUGCGUGAGCACAGGUCAAUUUACAGAGCAGACCCAACAGUUGCUAAGUUACACAUUAAUUCACCCUGCUAUAACUAGUCAAGAUAGACGUUCACUAACUCAAUGGCUAAAACAUCUUGAAGAGCGUAUCAGUGGUACUGCAAUUCAUAAUCUUGAAGAAUAUACAAACACCACGACUAGGUGGGAUAAUGUGUGGCAAAGGAAUUCUAAACAGCAGCAACAGCAACAACAACAGCAGCAGCAACAGCAGCAGCAGCAGCAGCAACAACAACAGCAACAACAACAGCAACAACAACAGCAGCAACAACAACAACAACAGCAGCAACAGCAACAACAACAACAACAGCAACAACAAUCAAAUGAACAAACACAUUUGUUUGGCACACAGCCAAGUACCACAUUUAAUCUACAAUUUCCUCCUCCUGUAACUCGUCAACGUCGUUCAAAUAGUUUGACUCCACCAGAUGCAUCAGCACAUCAUCUUGAAGUCGUCGAUCGUACCAAUAACGCUAAUAAUUCCACAAGACACAAACCACGCAGUUUUAGUAUUUCCAUAGAUCAUACCAAUAGUCUAAUAGGUUUAAGUCCUCUCAGUCCGCAGAGUUCUUGUGCAAGCAGUGGUAGCGAGGGUCGUUUAGAUGAAGCUUCUAAUCGUACAUUGGCAAGUGGAAUGAAAGAUGUACCAUCAUGGCUUAAGACGUUACGUCUCCACAAAUACAGCUACUUGUUCGUUACCCUAAGCUAUGAAGAAAUGUUACAACUAACUGAAGAUCAAUUAGCUGAACAAGGUGUAACGAAGGGAGCAAGACAUAAGUUAGCUUUAUCCAUUGCUAAAUUGCAACAACGUUAUACAACUCUAGUUAACUUAGAAAAGGAUCUUUUGCAACCAACUCGAGAUAGUACACAAGGUACUUCAUUUUCACAAGGGCCAAUAUUGCUUGUCAACACUCUUGACGAAUUAAAGACCAUAUUAGCGACACCUUUAAAACCAAGUCAGGAAAGCGAUCCUCAGGAUAUACCCACACAAUUUACUAAAGUACUUGGAAAACUUUGUAGUAGACUGGCACUAGACAGCGUUGAUGAUGGAAUUCUAUGUGCAUGCAUUAAUGUGUUAGAAAAGGUAUUGCAACAUGACUGCUUUACUCCCAAUCAAAAGGAAAAAGUACAACAAUGGCGUAGUAGACUUGGUAAUCCACGACCAAUACCAAAAUGGCAAUAUAAUUAUGGAUACAAUAAUCGAAGAUUCUGCAAUCUCCAACAACACAAUAGAAAACCGAGUUUAAAUUUAAAUCAUAUUCAUAAUACUCACUCACAUAAUUCUUUUACCGUUAGUCCACAUAGAAAUAGUAUAUCGACACCAUACAUACAAAAUAAUCAGAUUCAAACUAUGAAUCAGAAUAAUUUACGUCCAGUACAUACGGCUGAGAAAAGACCUAGUUUACAAGAAAGCAGCUUAGAGCAACUACAAAGAACGUUGCAACGAACAUAUAGUGCACCAAGAGAUCAUUUUCUUGGUCAAAGAGGAAGCGGAGGUGGAGGUGAAAAUGGUGGAAAUAAUGGACCAGAAACAACCGAGCCAGAAAUAAAUUUAAGCCUUGAAACGCUCUGCUUGAGAAUGACCGAACAAGCUCUUGACGGUUUUGGCGAAGCUUAAAAGAACAUGUCUCCUUCGCCAUUAUUUUAUUGGACGUAUAGUAAGUUCCAUCUUUAAAACAAAAAAAAUAGAAACGAUACAGAACAAAAAACUUACACAUUAAUAAUACUUGUCCAAAAAAUAAUAGAUUGUUACAAAAAGCAAAAACAAAACAAAAAAAUAAAAGAUAAAAGGGGUGGUGCAAGGUGGGUUAGAAUAAAAGACUAAAAUUACUAUAUAUAUGGUAAAUUUUUGAAAUGAACAUGGAAAGAAUGGAAAUGUGAACAAAUUUGACUGGUCGAUAAUCACAUAUGACAUUAAAUAUAUUAUAUAUAUUCGCAUAUUUUAUUGCGAUAUGAAUAUAUAAAUAUUAAUAUUACACUCUCACGCUUUAAUAACAUUACCAAAUGAAGAAGAAGAAGAAGAAGAAGGAAUAAAAAGAAAUGAAGAAAA